GGGCGGGCUGCGCCGUGGCCCCGCCCUUCCUGGGAGCGGGCGCGCCGUGGCGGGAAGUUCGCCUGUUUUCUGAUUUAGACCUCACCAGCGUCGGGGCUGUAGACCCGGCAGCUGGGGGGCGGAUCUCGGGGCCCGAAAGUGUGAGCAGGUACGCCGUGCUUCAAUCGAGGGGCGUCCGGGUGCGCAGGACUCCGGCUUCCUUCGCCCUGUGCCCGGCGCGGGCUGGUCCCCGCCGAGUGGGGACCUGGCGGAACUUGCCUCCGGUCUGGGAGAAACGAAGAUUGGCGCCGGGCGGUCCCUGAUCCCCACCCGGAGUGCUCAAGGGAACUUUCCCACCGCGCGCGGCUGGGAAGCUGGCUCGGACCGAAAGUAAAUCAUGGAUAACUGUUGUGCUGCGCCGAUGUUCCUGACCGACAGCUUGGAACUGGAGCUGGGGACAGAAUGGUGCAAACCCCCUUGCUUUUCUUGUGGUUUUGACAACACAGGAGGAGGAAGUCAUUUUUCUGGAGAGUCCUACCUUUCCAGCGGAGCCCUUAAGCGAUUAAUUUUGAAUCUUGACCCUUUACCAACUAAUUUUGAAGAAGAUACAGUGGAAAUAUUUGGCAUUCAGUGGGUUACUGAAACAGCGUUAGUGAAUUCAUCUAGAGUACUUUUUCAUUUAUUCAGGCAGCAACUAUACAACUUGGAAACCUUAUUACAGGCUAACUGUGAUUUUGGGAAGAUAUCCACUCUACACUGCAAAGCAGACAAUAUUAGACAGCAAUGCGUGACAUUUCUUCAUUAUGUUAAAGUUUUCAUCUUUAGAUACCUGAAAGUACAAAAUGCCGAUAGUCCUGUUCCUGUCCAUCCCUAUGAAACUUUGGAGGCACAACUUCCUUCUGUGUUGCUUGAUGAACUUCAUGGAUUACUCUUGUAUAUUGGACAUCUAUCUGAACUUCCCAGUAUUAAUCUAGGAGCAUUUGCAAAUCAAAACCAAAUUAAGCUUUUUCCACCAUCAUGGCAUUUAUUACAUCUCCACUUAGAUAUCCAUUGGAUGGUGCUAGAAAUUCUUCACAUGCUUGGUGAAAAAUUGAAACAAGUCGUAUACGGUCAUCAGUUUAUGAAUCUGGCAGGUGACAAUUUAACCAACGUCAGCCUCUUUGAAGACCAUUGUGAAAAUCUCCUUUGUGAUUUAAUAAGCCUGUCACUGAAUAGGUAUGACAAGGUUAGGCCUUCUGAAGCAUUAGCAAGUCACCACUGUCCAUGUUCCUGCAUUAAAGAAUUAUGGGUUCUACUCAUUCAUCUUUUAGAACACAGAAGUAAAUGGUCUCUUUCAGAAUCAUUUUGGAACUGGUUGAAUAAACUACUUAAAACACUCUUUGAAAAAUCAAGUGACCGAAGACGAUCUUCUGUGCCUGUAAUCCAGCCCAGGGAUCCAUUAGGUUUUAGUUGGUGGAUCAUCACUCAUGUAGCAUCACUUUACCAGUUCGAUCGCCAUGGAACACCAGACGAAAUGAGACAAAUGGAAUCAAAUUGGAAUUUUGUAGAAGAACUGCUUAAAAAGUCGAUCAAUGUUCAGGACAGUAUACUAGAAGAACAAUUACGAAUGCAUCUUCACUGUUGUUUGACGCUUUGUGACUUCUGGGAGCCAAACAUUGCAAUCGUCACCAUUCUAUGGGAAUAUUUUAGUAAGAACUUGAAUAGUUCUUUCAGCAUCUCUUGGCUUCCUUUGAAAGGCCUUACAUAUAUCAUUAAGUCACCCUUGUCAAUGCUAGAAAUGGUGAAGACCUGCUGUUGUGAUAAACAAGAUAAUGACCUGUAUAAAUCCAGCAGUAGUUUCACCAUUUUCCUUUGCAUUUUGGCAAAAGUUGUUAAGAAAGCAAUGAAGAACAAUGGCCCUCAUCCUUGGAAACAAAUCAAAGGAAGAAUAUAUUCUAAAUUCCAUCAAAAAAGAAUGGAAGAACUGACAGAAGUUGGUCUUCAGAACUUCUUCAACCUUUUUCUACUGUUAGCAGCUGUGGCAGAGGUGGAAGAUGUAGCAAGUCAUGUUUUAGACCUCCUAAAUUUCCUUAAGCCUUCCUCUGUAACAUCUUCCAUCAUUUGGAAGGGUCAAGUGGCAUUCCUCUUGAUGUAUACCCAGAAAAAUCUGGACAUUGGUGUUUUGGCUGAGAAAUUUUCAGGUGCUUUCCGAGAGAAGGCGAAGGAAUUCUUGGUAUCUAAGAACGAUGAAAUGGGACAAAGAAAGACUCUCUGGAUACUUCUCUCCAUCUAUAUUGAUGGUGUUCAAGAAGUGUUUGAGACUAGCCAUUGCUUGUAUCCGUCACAUGAAAAACUGCUUAAUGAUGGAUUUAGUAUGCUUCUGAGAGCUUGUCAAGAAUCUGAACUUAGGACAGUACUGAGCUUUCUACAAGCUGUUCUGGCCAGAAUCAGGAGUAUGCAUCAACAAUUGUGUCAGGAACUUCAAAAGGAGAGCAUGGACCUCCUUGUGCAGUCUUCAUUAUUGGCUAAAGAGCGCCACCUUGCUGCGGCUGCCUGUGCUCUGUGGAGACAUUUCUUUUCAUUUUUGAAGAGUCAGAGGAUGUCACAGAUAGUGCCUCUCUCAGAACUCGCCGAUGCAGCUGCAGAUUUUACUUUGCUUGCAAUGGACAUGCCCAGCACAGCUCCAUCAGAUCUUCAGCCUCGGCCAGUUAUAUCAGUGAUGCAACUUUUUGGUUGGGAUGAUAUCAUCUGGCCCCAAGUUGUAGCAAGAUAUUUAAGUCAUUGCCUACAAAAUAGCAUGUUAUGUGAAGCACUUUCUCAUAUAAGCUGUGUAUCUUUCCAAGCCUUAACUAUAAAAUCAUGGAUUCGUUGCAUUUUGCAAAUGUACAUAAACAACCCCUAUGUUCCUGAUGAUUUGUUCAUUGAUACAAAUCCUGGACAGGCUUUUGAAAAAAAGUACUUGGAACAGUUGGCUGAACUGACAAGGUUGCUAUUUAAACUCUCAGAAGUAAAGAAUAUUUUCUCAGCAGCUCAAAUUGAAUAUUUAUCCAGUCUAGAAGACCCUACAAAAGCACUUGUUCUAUUUUUUGAGGCUGUUGGUAUUACUUAUGGGAAUCUGCAGAAACUUUCUGAUAAAUCUGCCAUGGUCACAAAGUCCUUAGAAUACCUUGGUGAAAUAUUAAAAUAUAUAAAACCUUAUUUGGGAAAAAAAAUUUCCAACGCAGGGCUGCAACUGACUUAUCGGAUGAUGGGAAUUCUGGUUAAAUCAUGGGCACAGAUCUUCGCCACCUCUAAAGCACAGAAACUCCUAUUCCGGAUCAUCGAUUGUUUACUGCUGCCGCACACCGUGCUACAGCAGGAGAAGGAGCUGCCGGCACCUAUGCUGACUGCAAUUCAGAAGAGCCUUCCUUUGUAUCUCCAGGGUAUAUGUAUCGUGUGUGGUCAGUCCCAAAAUCCAAAUGCCUAUCUGAACCAACUGCUAGGGAGUGUUAUUGAGCAGUACAUUGGGCGGUUUCUUCCAGCUUCACCGCAUGGCUUAGGUCUCGGACAACACCCUGUUUUGUUGGCACUGAGAAACUCCUCCGCUGCUUCAGCGAUAACACCUCUAAAGAAGUGCAUCAUACAAGUCAUAAGGAAGUCCUACUUUGAGUUUAAAGGGUCUUUGCUCCCUCCUCGCUUAGCAUCUGUUCUGGCCUUCAUCCUGCAGCUUUUCAAAGAAACGAACAUAGACAUUUCUGAGGUUGAACUGCUCCUGCCUGGCGUCUUAAAGUGCUUGGUGUUGGUCAGUGAACCCCAAGUUAAAAGGCUGGCCACAGAGAACCUGCAAUACAUGGUAAAAGCCUGCCAAGUGGGGUCAGAGGGAGAACCCGCCGCCCAGCUGACUUCUGUGUUUAGGCAUUUUAUCCAGGAUCAUGGUAUGAGAUACGAUUAUCAGAUUUACGGCAUUUUAGAAACAGUAGCAUCAUUGGACCAGCAGGUUGUUAUCAACUUGCUUUCUACCCUCACUCAGUCUCUGAAGGAUUCAGAGCGGAAAUGGGGCUUUGGCAGAAAUAUUGCACAAAGGGAGGCCUAUAUCAAACUUCUAUCUCACCUGGGACAGGUGGGACAAGAUGAAAUGCAGAGACUGGAAAGUGAUAAUACCUAGUAUAUUUUGUGCUUUGCUUCUCUAUUCAUUGUAACUAUCUAAAUCCACUUUGCACUGCAGUUGUAUAAUGUUCUGUUAGAAAUACUUUCUAGGACUUUUUUCCUUACAUACCUGUAAGUAUAAAAUACAUAACAAGAAAAUAAAAGUUAAAUAAGUGUAUUAUAGGAUCUUUUCAAAGUUGGCAAAAUUGUCUCUCUUGAAGAGUAAUUAGUUAAACUAAUUUAAAGUAAGUUUUUCUAACUGGGAGUGUCUCUGUGUGUGUCCAUGAAGCAGGUCUGCAGUGGGUGAUCCAGGGGACUUGUCACUGUAUUGUGACUUUUUGCCUUGUGAGUGAUUUGUGUUUGUCUGUUUCUUCCAAGUCAUGUUUUAAUAUGAUGUUUGGGUUUUUUGUUGUUGUUGUUUGUUUUCAGAUUACCUGGCUAUUCUUUGCUGGAUUUUAUGAAACAGGAGUUCAGGAGAUGGGAUGUAUGUUUAUCAUCUUUUGUUAUACCAUGUGUGAGGCAAGUUAGUAAAUACCCAACACGCUUAACUCUGUGAGGAAUGAGGCGGUGUCUGGCGAAAUGAAUAUACCGAUAGUAUAUAAAAUGUUUUAUAUUUAAACCAGCAGUGGUUCCAACAGUUGCCAGAUUUUUUUUCCCCUCUACUCAUCUUUCUUUUUGGAAAUUGAUGAAAAGACGUAUCAGGAGAAGGAUAAGAGCUUUUAAGAAAAGUCAAAUAAUAUUCUGAAAAGUCUUGAGAUUAUAAAUUAACAGAAGAGGUCUGAAAAGUCAGCUGAUUUAUCUCCUUGCUCUUCAGUUAGAGCCUCUUAUAAUUUCACAUCUUACAUAUUUAUAGGGAACCAGUUUAGUUCCUUUAGCAGCUCUUGUCUCUUAACUCUGAGUACUUCAUAGAUAUUUUUACUUUACCAGUUGGGCUCUUGUCCUUGACUCCUUUCUGUGGAGAGCAUUAUUUGGGAAAAGAACUCCAGUCCUGGUGUUGGGAACCCACGUAGGUCUCAGUCCCAGCUCUGCUUUGUAAACUUCAGCAAGUUACUUAAUCUUGCUGAGCCUGAGUUUCUCCUUGGGGAAAAAAGAAUAAUACUCCUUUUUCUAUUUCAUAGUGUUUUCGUAAGAAUCAGUGGAAUAAUGUAUGUGAAACUAUAUUGGUGAUGUGUUCUAUAUGAGGCAUACAGACAUGAUUACUAUUCGUGUACAAACGUAGAGAACACCUCAAUAUUGUUCUCUCUUUCUUAUAUUCACCUGUUUUUCAAAUUAUGUCUUAUGUGUUAUGUUUGUUAACCUUGAAAUAACUGUUUUCUUCUUGAGACUCUGGUCUUUAUCAUGCUUCUUCUGAUUCCUCCCUUUUCUGAGUCAAGAAGUAUCUUUCAAAAUGAAAUAUAUUACAAUCAGUGAACUCUAGUUAUUAGUCCUUUCCUAACUUUUAUCUAUGAAUCCUAAAGGAGUAUCUGUUGUUCUCAUGACAUACAGAUAGUCUGUCCCUCCCACCCCAGGUCAACUGUCAUUAUGUCACAACAAACAGAAUGAAUAAAACCCUCUUUAAGUAAAGUAACUUAAUAGACUUCAUAGCAGUGAGUUUCUUUCCAUUAUAAUAGUGCCUUAUUAAACUUAUAUCACUUUGCAAGUUUCAGCAAAUGAAGUUUAAUCUGUUUAAAGUGACACUUUUAAAGGAAUUAUUUGUGUGUAUAUAUGUGUAUAUAUAUAUAUAUUUUUUUUUCCAAGUGAGAUUAAUGUCUUUGAGAAUCUCACUCCUUAGAAUAUGAAAUGUUUAAGGCUGAGAAAAGCUGCUUCUGAAUCAUGCAUUGGGAUGUAUAUCUACAGAUCCUAAGAAUAAACAGUUUGUACUUUAAAAAUAAGUAACAACCCAAAAAAUCCAUGAUUAUCGAUACUUAUAUGUGUAUAUACAUGUGUGUUUAUUUAUAUAUAAGUAAAAUUUUAAAGAUGCUGUCUUUUUAAGUUGAAGAGUUUUGUUUUUACUUAGUUCAUUUCCUUGAAAAUCUUCACUGACCCAUCACUUAAUCCCCUAAGUAACCUGUCAUCCCUAGGGCUGCUGCUUCCCCCACUGUAAUGUAAGCCAUUCUCUUUUGCUGAAACCUGAGACUAUAUUCUCGUUUGUCAUGUUCUUUGACCUGACAUUGGUAUUUUCCUUUAUCUUCUCAGCCCUUCCUCAGUGAUACUGCUCCUUCCUACAUAUUGUACUUUGAAAGUACCAUCAUGUUCUUUCUUGUCCCCAGUGGUAAGAUCUGGCCCUUCAUUCGCUCUGUCUCAACAUUCUUCCAGUUGGGACUUGAUAACACGAGCCUAAUUUCUCUCAACCCCUCUAGUUGGAUCCUCCAGAAACCUCAAGGCAACUUGUCGAGCUGCGCUUGUCGCCUAUUUUAAACUAGCUCCUGCCUUUCUUUUCCACCCAGGGAAGACACUAUUUUCCCACGUCAUUUAGCCCUGAAACUUCAGAAGCAAUUUGAAUUCUUACUUGUUCCCCACUUUCAGUUGAUCACCAGUACAAGCUUUUGCUCUUCUUUUCUUUUUGCCCUCCGUGCAUCCGAAAUGUUUUUUCUACCGCCUGCUAUUGAUCUCUUCCUUAUCUAUUGAUCUUUUCCUUAUCUCCUUAUCUCUGAUCUCCUUUCCUCCAAUUUAACCUUAUACAGUUCUCACAUUAGUGUUUCUAAAAUAUUACUUUCCUCCUGUCACUUUUCUACUCAAGGACAUCCACUUAAUUCCCAGUGUCAGUAAGCUGAUAUAUAAGCUCUUCAGUCAGGAGACUUUCUGCCAUCUGACUCUACCUUUUCUGUGCAAAUUUAACUCAAGCAGGGGACUAGAUUGCCUUCGAAUAUCUGAAUGCCAUGUUCAUUCUACACUCUGAGCCUCAUUCAGUUUGCCACCAUAAAAUACUAUGCUUUCUCUAGAAACCUAACCUUAAGUCACUGAAAUAGGAAGACCGUUAAAAUAUAUUUUAGAUACAUGAGUAUUCCAGUC